AUGAUUUUGACCACCCGCGGCCCAGAGAAUGCGGUGGGUGUACAUCAGUACAAUGUCCAGGGCAAGAAGAUGUCUGAUUUCCUCUACGUAGGUCUCCAUCACGAUCGUCAUUUUUUCUCCAAUCCAGCCCAUCUUCAUUUCCUCCCUACCGAUUCGUGUUCUGAUUACUUCAAUCGCAUUACCAUGCUAACGCUCCCUAGCUCGUAAAUGUAGGAAUCAUAGUCUAUGCAGCCGCCAACGUCCUAAUCAAAUCGUCCAUCCUCCUCCAAUACACCUCAAUCUUCUCGCCCGCCGCGAAAGAUUAUUUCUACUGGUCUUGCCACUUUAUCAUCGUUCUUACUAUCGUCACAUAUACCAGCAUUGCUUUUAUCUAG